AUGUAUGUGAAAUGGGUUGAUACAGUAAUGUUAUACUAUGUGAUUUUAGUGUAUUUAGUGAAUGUCACUUUUUGUCAUUUUCAAAUUUCCCGCUGUUCCGUCCCCCGUACGUCCCGACGCUCGCAGGGGACGGAACCCAGAAGACAGACGCCGGCAUCGGCCGGAGGACAUUACAGGGGACACUGCAGCAGGGACAUCGCGGGAGCACAGGACAAGGUAUGUGAAGAACAGAUGCCGGAGCGGCGCUACAUGGUAAGUCCGAGUGUAGCUCGGGGUUACUGCUUGUGCUACACUCGGGAAUACCAUCAGGGAGGU